UCGUCAUGCCGCCGUGUUUCGUCAACCUUCCUCACGCUGCGCAACUGCAGCCACAUGGCAUCAAACCGAGCAGCGACAUUCAUCGCCUUUCGCGCCGUGGUCAAACGAUCGCUCACGACGCUUCCCGCCACGCGCAGCGCUCCCAUCCGCCGCUUGCAAGCUCCGCAGCUGCACAGCACGUCGGCAGCUUGUGCUCGAAAGCUACCGCGGAAUCACUUCACCUCCAACCGUGUUCUACGCCAGGAGCAGAAUGCUGCCGUGUCGAACGAGCACAAGCAGCGGAAAGCUGCCAGUAAACGCGCCACGAACAAUUCCCUGCGCAAGGUCGCCGUCGCUGCGCAGACCCAACGAAACGACUUGAUCAAGGGCAGUGGCAAGACGCGACACGUCGACCCCGAUGCAGACCUGAAAGAGGUGACUGCAUACUGCGCGGCCGAGAAGUACAAUCUCAGCAGAGCGCGCUGGGAGCUCGACCGGGAAGGCUACAAAGCGGAUCCGUUCGGCACCAAUUUGUUCCCUCAAGUCCUCCACGUGCAGACGCCGAACUAUGAGCUCAAAGAUGAAGCCAGCGGCGAGGACAAGCCGCAGGGUCCAGGAGAUGUUUUUGUCUUUCCCUCAGGUUGCGUAGUGGCGUGGAAUGUGCCUGACAAGUUGGCCAACAAUAUAAUUGAGCGCUUCUUGCCAGCGGCGACAGAGAACACUGGACAUCCAGAAAGGAUGGAAGUCGAAGACAUGGACUAUGUAGAGGACCCGAACAGAGACACAAGUCGCAUCGUAGGCGACACUAUCAUACUUGGUACCAUGACGGACUCGGGCAAUGACAAGGCUUCCGAAGUCGAUACGGUUUUAGCCAAGAUCGCCUUCUCCUCUGCGCUCGCUCGGUCUACGAAACUGGCAGUGCUGGAAAACGCACUAUCGAAUUACUUCGGCACCACGAUGUCUAUUCCAUUAACAUUAAGCUCUGGAAAACCACUGAAAUAUACUCAAUCAGAAAUCCUCCGCAAAACUGGCGAGCUACUCUUGAUCCGAGCACAACUUAAUCUCUACUCAGAGCUUACGGACAGCCUGCCGGACCUCUUUUGGGACAGCCCACAUGAGCUCGGGCUGGAAGGCUACUACGAUAUGGUUGGCAAAGCACUCGAUGUCGGAGUGCGUAUCAAAGUACUCAACGAGAAGAUGGACUACGCCUCUGAGAUUGCUGCCGUGCUCCGCGAACGACUGAGCGAGAAGCACACGUCGAUGUUGGAAUGGACGAUCAUAUGGCUCAUUGUGAUUGAAGUUGUGUUUGGUGUCAUCCACCUGUGGUGGGACAGCGGUGAGUUGCAAGAGAAGAAAGAAGACCGCAAGGUCAUGGAAUUACUAGAGCAAUAUUUGGAAAGGGAAUUGAACAAGAAGUCAACAUGAGAGGAAUUUCAAACGAGAUCUAGAUGAGGAACACCCCACUCUGUCCAUAUCACAAAAGAGAGACUCAACAAACAGAAUAACACUGGCACAACAGCAUCUAUCUACGAUCCAAGCGAGGCCGCCGAAAAGUCGUCCUAGCUGGACCUCGAGCGGCAUUGUCGUUCAAGCAGUUGUCGUUGCGGCUCCGAAUUCCAUCAGAGGAACGAAAUCAGUCCGAAUCGUGCGGGCCGCUCGAGUGCAGCGCAACGCAGUGUAGAACCAAAGCACAGCGCCCUAUCGCCACACGCCAGGUACUGGGUAUGUAAAUUAAUUGCAUACGGUGCCUGGUCUACAGAUGCAGGAGACUGUCUGUCAAAUUUGCAAUCCAGAGGCCGCCCGUCGCCCUCUUUCGCUAAACACUUCAGAC